CACAGUCUCAAGCUUAAAUAGAUGAAUAGCAUCAAUUGACAAAACGGCUUAAAUAGAUAAUAAUCAUCAAUCCAAGGGAAACUCCGUAACUAUCCAAAUUCAAUACGUUUUGCGCACCCGCGAAAAGUUAACAUGGCGGAAAAACGACCAAAACCGUGUAAAAAGAAGAAAUCCGAGACUCUGGAGAAAGUUCUGAAUGAUGGUUUAGCCUUGUUGGCGAAAGAAAAAGGAUCAAAAUGUCGGGGGAAAAAGCCUUCUCAUUUUCGCUUAGUGCAAGUUGGUUGUAAGAGGUUGACCCACACGCCUUACCGCUGCCGUCAAGGAUCAAUUAAGCAAAAUGAUAACCAGCAGUAUGAUAGCUCUGUGGCUGAUGACUUUCAAGUAAAUGAUGAGCACAAGCAAACAGACGUUGAUAUUGAGCUAGAGAAUCUUAUAUUUGAAUGCAGAGGACUUUUGGCUUCAGAGAAAGAGGAUGCCAAGAAAUGGUCUGAUCGCAUGGAAGAGCUUCAUUCUCUUUGGGAAAAUAAUAUAUCUACCAUAUUCGAAACCUUGAUCCUAUGUGAAUCAGUUGAUAAAGGCACACCAUGCUUCAAUUGUGGGGAAUCUCCAGGCUUGAUAAAGUGUCAUCAGUGUGGUAGUAACUGGCCAGUCUGUGUUGAAUGUGAUAGGAAAAUUCAUGAAAGAAAGCCAUUCCAUGAUAGACAUGGGUGGAUGGAUAAUCAUUUCAGACCACUUCAGCCAUCACAUUCAUUGGAUAAAAAUGGACAAAUAAUUGAAGUUGAUUGCUAUGUUUCUUUGCAUCCUGUCCAAAAGUUUUGUCAUGGCUGCUCUAGAAAAUCAACCUUUCACUUCGUGCUCAGUAAGGACAUGCUGACUAUUUGUACAACACAAGGUCACUUUGACAUAAACAGUACAUCAUUCAAGUGUGUUUCUUGUUCAGCAUUGUUGAUGCCGACACUUGCAGAUAUUCUUGGUAAUGGCUACUGGCCAGCAAAUCCAAAGUCUUUAAAUGUGUUAUUUUCACAGGAUUUACUUCUGCUGUGGAACACAAUGCAAAAGAGAAUGCCAGGUUGUUCUGAGUCCAGUUUUAUUAGAUCAUUGGAAGACAUAAGUGUUUCAAAAGGAAGGUUUGGAUCAAUAAAUCCACGAACGUUCACAAAAGCCUUUCGAGAAUGGAAAUAUUUUAAUUAUGAGGUGGAAAAAGCCCAGGGAAAAGAGUGGAUGUUUUGUCCUAGUUGCUCAUCCAACCAACACUCCUGUCAUGUAGAUGGCAACAUGAAGUUAUACCGAUAUAAACAUUCAGGAAGAGAACAAAGUCAGUCUUACUAUGGAGAUCUUUUUAUUUCUUCGAAUGAACAUGUUUCAGAGCAUAUUAGAAAGGUUUAUUCCACUCCCAAAGUUCGGAACUUUUCUGAUGACUGGAAAUAUGGUGAAAGUAAUUCGCGAGCUGCUGGAGCGAAAGGAAAACGAAAGAGUCGUCUAGACGAAACAGGACUGGAAAUUGCAGGUUGCCGGCAUGCAAUUGCUCAGUGGGCUGUAAACAUGUUACGCGGAGAGAUUUAUGGCUACUCUAAUUACAUCCAUGUUCACAAAAUGAUUCCAAACAAUGUUAAAUACAUUUGGCAAGAUAUCAUAUGUAAAUAUUGGAAGUGGGCAGUGAAGGCAUCAAAGUCGGAUGAGUCAAAUGCUCACGAAAUAAAACUUGCUUUAUCUGUGAUGCAUGCCAAAGCACAUAAUUGGACAUGCCAGGUAUUGUGGGGAGGACGGUGGCAAAAAGGUUCUGCAUAUUCCACAGGAGAGGAAGUUGAGCAGAUUAAUAGUUACCUUUCGAGACUGGCCAACACUACAAAGUACAUGUUACCCGAGUCAAGAGAAGAACUCAUAACUGAACAUGCUCUUGCGUGGAAUAAACGGAAAAUAUGUGAUCUGUCCAGCUCCCUCUGCAAGAGAUAUGCAAAGUAUAUAGAAGCUCAAGAAAAUACAAGGAAAGAACUUGAUGAAAUGGUUUCUGGCGUAAAUCUCUCUCCGAACCACGAUGAUUUCUUGCAGUGGAAGAGUGAAGUUCAACGUAUUGCAAAAGAAAUGGAAAGCUCCUUCUUCACGUAUUUAGCCGAAGAAGAGGAAUUAUAAUUCAAAGAUACUCCACCGUUGAGGAUAAACGUAAAAGAGUUAAAUCACUGACUGCCAAGCUUUGUCGUGAUAUAACCGCCGAUGUACUGCUUGAUAGAGGAAAAA